GUUUCGGAUCACCCAGAAAUUGGAUCACUGUGCUCCAAUGGCCACGAUGAGAUAAAUAUGUCCACAGGAGAGGAAUAUCACCAUCCCACUACUGGCAGUGAAACCCGGGCGCCCAAGGCUGCAUAUUCCAAUGGCCACUAUAGCGAUUAUGACAAAUCCUAUAAUAAGCUAUCAACCGAUGAUGGAUGUGGGUCGACUCAUGAAUAUAAGUCCCCUUACAAGAGCAUGCUCAAUCCUCGCGUCCAUGAGUCACAGGAGCGUUCUCAUCGAAGACGGGUUCGACGACGCCAAGAUGACGGUCAAGCAUAUUGCCAUGAACUUGGAGAACUGUACACGGACAACUCCAUGAAACUGGAAACUCUGCCCAACACUGACUAUGUUUCCCGAUGGGACCUACCGCUGACGCCUACAGAUUCUUCAAAUGCUUACCAAAUCGCCGACCCACAUAUCAUGCUCGAGCCCUGGAAUUUCAGCCAGGAGGAUAAAGAGGAGUUCGGACAGGAAUUUGAGUUGACGGCCGAGGAAGACUUGAUUUCGGCUGCUAAGUUCUAUAACGAAAUGACCAGUCCUAUCGGUGACUCUGGUACUUCCUCAUUUCCCGUGCCGAACUUCAUGGCGCGCACUGAGAUCUCAGUAGAGUCGUAUUAUUCUUGUAGAGGAGUCGACGGUUCCAACCUUCCUGCUGCUGCUUACGAGUUUUCUGACAAGAGAAUGACGACUAACUCCAUGGGCGUAUCGCCUCUUGAUCCUGCGUCAUCCAUGAUUGUCCAUACAGGUCAUUCAUUAGAAGGCCUGCUGCCGGACUCGGGUGAUCACGCUAAUCUCACUGUCGCCAGUAAACGCAAACGUAUAUGUCAGCUGUUGGGAUUAUAAUGCCCCUCCCUCCUUUUUGCGUCCUCUGUUUUCCUUCGCAACGAGCUGCCUGGAGUCGUGUUGAAGGUAUGGAUGAUUGAUCUGAUUGUGUGUAACCAUGAUUAGCUAAUAAAAACCAUACGAAAUUUACUCGCUUC